AAGGAGGGGCAGAGAUGGUGGGAGAAAGAGGAAUCUGGGAGGGAAUGCGUGUAGGUGCCUCGCGAUGUGGCCGUGGCGGAGGAGCGUGGGAGUGUAGCGCGACCUCCAGUGGCAGAAGGAGCUGAAGACUUCGUCUUGAUAAAGAGAGCCCUGAGCGCCGGUUGGCAUCUGCCGCGGAGACCCUGUAACAAGGUGGCGCCUGCUGUGGGCCAGUGUAUGGGAGAGCGAGCGCCCCCUCGGGCCAGGGUGCCGCCAGGCCUGAGCUCAGCCGGAGCCGCUGCAGAAUUGGGGCGAGAGUUGGGAAGUGUAGGGCGCCCGUCUCCACGCCCCUGCCUUGUGGUGGAAUUUGAUCCUUGGCCCUGUUCCCGAGAGAGGCCUUGUUGGUGCAGGGCAUAGAGUGUCAACAGUUCUUUGGACUCCCUGUGUCCUUGAGGUUGGUCCCAGUGUAACCUACUUGCUCUUGCCUUUGAGCAAAGCUCCAAGAGACCUUUCACUUUCCCUUCCACCCUGCCCUCCCACCCGUCCACUUCCGAAUUUUAGAUGUCUUCUAAGAAGUCAUGCCUCUUCCAAAAGGAAUGUUGCACAGUACGUUCAGACUUUGCAGAAUCAAAGCAGUGGAUUCAUAGGAGGGUCCCUUGGUAAUGUCCAGGGCUCCAGGAAGAGAUGUCCUUGUGGCUGGAGGCCCCUGUGCCUGAUGCUUCUCCUGACUCUGCAGUGGAGCUGUGGGAGCCAGAUGUACAAGAUGCCAGCGGCCAGGCGCUGGGAGGCAGCAACUGCAUCCUCAGGGAGGAAGCCAGCACACCCCAAUCGGCCGGGGGUUCCCUGGGGGCAGGGCUGGAGGUAGCAGAGCCCACAGUCCUGCUCCCUGGGGUGGACACCCCUCCAGAGUCUACAGAGCUCCGUCCACAAAAACGGAAAAAGGGGCCAGCCCCCAAAAUGCUGGGGAAUGAGCUGUGCAGUGUGUGUGGGGACAAGGCUUCCGGCUUCCACUACAAUGUGCUGAGCUGCGAGGGCUGCAAGGGAUUCUUCCGCCGCAGCGUCAUCAAAGGGGCGCGCUAUGUCUGCCACAGUGGGGGCCACUGCCCCAUGGACACCUACAUGCGUCGCAAGUGCCAGGAGUGUCGCCUUCGAAAAUGCCGCCAGGCUGGCAUGCGGGAAGAGUGUGUCUUGUCAGAAGAGCAGAUCCGCCUAAAGAAACUGAAGCGGCAAGAGGAAGAACAGGCUCAGGCCACCUCCGUGCCCCCAAGGCUGUCCUCACCUCCCCCAGUCCUGCCCCAGCUCAGCCCAGAGCAGCGGGGCAUGAUUGAGAAACUGGUGGCCGCCCAGCAACAGUGUAACAGACGCUCUUUUUCUGAUCGGCUCCGAGUCACGCCUUGGCCCAUGGCACCAGAUCCCCAGAGCCGAGAGGCCCGUCAGCAGCGUUUUGCCCACUUCACCGAGCUGGCCAUCGUGUCUGUGCAGGAGAUCGUUGAUUUCGCCAAGCAGCUGCCUGGCUUCUUGCAGCUCAGCCAGGAGGACCAGAUCGCCCUGCUGAAGACCUCUGCGAUCGAGGUGAUGCUUCUGGAGACAUCUCGGAGGUACAACCCUGGGAGUGAGAGUAUCACCUUUCUCAAGGACUUCAGUUACAACCGGGAAGACUUUGCCAAGGCAGGGCUGCAGGUGGAGUUCAUCAACCCCAUCUUCGAGUUCUCCAGAGCCAUGAAUGAGCUGCAGCUCAAUGAUGCCGAGUUUGCUCUGCUCAUUGCCAUCAGCAUUUUCUCUGCAGACCGGCCCAACGUGCAGGACCAGCUCCAGGUAGAGAGGCUACAACACACAUACGUGGAGGCUCUGCAUGCCUACGUCUCCAUCCAUCACCCCCAUGACCGGCUGAUGUUCCCAAGGAUGCUAAUGAAACUGGUGAGCCUCCGGACACUGAGCAGUGUGCAUUCAGAACAAGUGUUUGCACUGCGCCUGCAGGACAAAAAGCUUCCCCCACUGCUCUCUGAGAUCUGGGAUGUGCACGAAUGACUGUUCUUCCCCCAUAUCUUCUGUUUUCUGGGCUGGAUGGCUGAGGCGCCUGGCUACCUCCUACAGGCGGAGCUGACCAAGAAGGAUAAACAUUCCUGGGAGCUGGGCAAAGGAGAUCCUUGUGUGGCAUUAAAGGAGAGUCAAAGGGU